UCUGGCUUAGCUGUUGUCGUGUAGGUGUUGUACUGUGAAGCUGUCCCUGCACUUACACCAUGGUAACCAUCGCCACCCUGCGCUCCAUCUGUUAUGUCGCUAGAGCCCAUGUCCGGGCUUUCCACGCUACACCCUGCCGAAACGAAGCAGUUGUCAUAUCCGGCAGGAAGCUUGCCAGGCAGAUUCGGCUGGAGGCUCGGCAUGAAGUAGAACAUUGGGUAGCAGCUGGUAACAAACGGCCACACCUCAGCGUUGUUCUGGUUGGAGACAACCCAGCUAGCCAUUCCUACGUCCUAAACAAGACCAAAGCUGCUGCUGACGUGGGGAUUAGCAGUGAAACAAUCCUCAAGCCUUCGUCCAUCACAGAGGAGGAGCUGCUUGAUCUGAUUAGCAAGUUAAAUAAUGACCAAAACGUGGACGGUCUUCUGGUCCAACUACCACUGCCAGAGCACAUCGAUGAGAGGGCAAUCUGCAAUGCUGUGAUCCCGGAGAAGGAUGUGGAUGGAUUCCAUGUAGUGAAUGUGGGCAAGAUGUGUCUGGACCAGUACUCCAUGUUACCUGCUACCCCCUGGGGAGUAUGGGAAAUUAUCAAGCGAACAGGAAUCCCCACUCUGGGUAAGAACGUUGUAGUAGCUGGAAGAUCCAAGAACGUAGGGAUGCCCAUUGCGAUGCUACUCCACACAGAUGGGAAGCACGAGCGCCCUGGAGGUGAUGCCACUGUGACAAUAUCUCACCGGUACACUCCCAAAGAACAGCUGAAGAUGCACACCAAAUUAGCAGAUAUUGUUGUUGCAGCAGCAGGCAUUCCCAACCUCAUCACAGCCGAUAUGAUCAAGGAAGGAGCUGCUGUUAUUGAUGUUGGAAUCAACAGAGUGGAGGACCCCGUCACCGGCAAAGCAAAACUUGUUGGAGAUGUUGAUUUUGAAGGUGUUAGAAAGAAAGCCAGUUACAUCACUCCAGUCCCAGGAGGAGUUGGUCCCAUGACAGUCGCCAUGCUGAUGAAGAACACAAUUAUUGCCGCCAAAAGAAUACUAAAGCCCACAGAGCUGCAAGCUGUUGCCAUUUAACGUCUAUCCCCAUCUUAAUGCUGACUUUACAUUCCAAAAUCCACUCCUAAGAACAGGCCGAAGAUAAAAUGCAAUAUUUAUUGUAGACAAGCCGCCUGGCGUGGCGAUGGAACUUAUUUAUUCAGAGCACCGUUCUUGCUAGACUCACAGGGAAAUUUGUGGCUUUCUGUAGUCUUUUUUUUUUUCCUGUGUGUUGCAUUGAAAGUUGUGUGCUGUGUAGUGACUGUUACCAGUUACUGUUACAGGUAAAUGGUUAUGCCAAAGGUGAUGCUGUUUUGCAUCCAUCAUUUUAACAGGGCUUGGGGUAAAUUUAAACACUGCUUUCUGUGCUGGAGGGUCAUGGGAAACCAUGCAAGGCUCUUCACCUGAGGAGGCUUAAACUGUUACAUUAAGUGAACUUGGGAAACUUGCAAGAUAGGUCAUACCAGUUAUCCUCCCCCAUUUUAACUUGUCUAGGGCUUUCCUGACUACAAGCCCUGUUUGCUGUCCACAAUCCCACCGAGUCAAAAACAUUGGUUGCGCACCAGGCCCUUGGAUCGUAAAAAAAUAAGGUUGUAUAAGUGGCAUAAUGGAAAAGUCAUUGUGUACCAUACGAAGGAGAUGUUAAAAUGCUAAAGUGUUGGACAGGAGUAUGAUGUGGGUUGAGAUGUGAUUUCAAACUACGGCUGAUUUUUCAGAAUGGCUGUAGAUAGUUGGAAUGCAAUUGAUAUACGGAACAGAUCAAACCAGAGUUGGCCAUGUAUGACAGUAGGACCAUGGCUCCUGCCAAUUAUGCAGGUAGCUAAAGGAUCCUAAAGAGCACCUAGGUAUAAAAGAUU